AUGGAGGCUCGUGGACUGGGAACGAGUCGCCCUCGGCUCUCAGAGGGUCCUCCGUGUGGCACCGCGUGUGCCACCCCCACGCAGUGUGGCGAGAGCUCGCCAAAGGCGGACAUAGCCCAUAAAGCUGUCGGCAGCACUGGUGCCACCUACGGGUAUUCCAAGAAGUUUGCCGAAGGAUGGGAGCGUGUGUUCGCCAAAAAAGGCCAACAACAUGCAGAAGUCCAGAAGAAGGACGUAACCUUGGACAGCUGA